AUGAAAGUUGAAGGUUUAGAAGAAAAUGCAGUGGUCAUWUCUGGWGUAUCAGGAAAAUUUCCAAAAAGUGAGAAUAUCAAUGAUUUAAGGACGAAUCUAAUAAAUGGAGAAGAUUGCGUUUCCUCAGAUCAUACAAGAUGGAAAUUAGAUGAUUUGCCUAAAAUACCAUUGCGUUUAGGAACAAUUUUUAAUUUAAAGAAAUUCGAUAACUAUUUUUUUGGAAUUAAUCCAAUUCUGGCAGAAAAUCUAUCGCCAGAGUUAAGAAUGACAAUGGAAGUUACGUUUGAGGCGAUCAUUGAUGCCGGAAUAAAUCCUGUAGAGUUACGGAACAAGACAACCAAUGUUUACGGGCUGGAUGGAUAUAGUCUAUUAGGAAAUACCCGUAGUUUGCUAGCAAACCGGAUCUUGUUUUGUAUGGGUUUAAUUAGCUUAAGCUGCACUAUCGAUUCAACUAGCACAUCAAGUUCAUUAGCAGUUAAAAAAGCGUACGAAGCUAUAAAAGCUGGAAAUUGCGAUUACGCGAUUGUUUAUUGUCAAACGACGGGGAACACAGAUGCCAUUUCCAGAAACACUUGUCUAUUUCCUACAGCCGAAUUUCAGGCUUCUAUAAUGAAACAGACAUUGAAACACAGCGGUCUAAAACCAAGCGACAUAACUUACAUCGAGGCCGAUG